AUGACGAGGCCGACUAAUGCCUCCGGACGGAGCGCCUUCGUCGUCAGGGCGCUGGCCCUUUUGUGCGCAUGCUCACUGAGCAUUGGCAGCCAUUAUGCCUCCUACAUCCUCGGGCCCCUCAAGUCCAAAAUAACCCGCGAGAUGGGGACUGACAACACCGAAUUUAGUCUCCUCAUUUCCGCCCUCAGUCUCAACAGCACAUGGACUCCGCUCGUGGGCGGCAUCAUGGCCAGCAGGCUGGGGACCACGCUCACCAGCAUCCUUGCGACAGGUGUCAUCUUCCUCGGUCAAGCGCUCCUGCUGCUGGGCGAUAUCUCGGAGAACGUCCGUCUUAUGGCAUUCGGGCUCUUCGUCUUUGGUCUCGGGGUUUCCCCGCUCGCGGUUGUCCAAGAGACUAUUAUUGUCCGCUUUUUCCAGUCUCACGGCUUGGGCGUGUCGCUCGCUUUGGGCCUGGUCGCAGGCAAAGGCGCAUCCUUCAUUUCGGCCCGGUCUUCUUAUCCGCUCUCCCAGAAGUUCGGGCCCCACGCGCCCUUCAUCGCCUCCACGGCCCUUGCUGCUUUUUCUGUCCUCAUCAAUCUCAUCUACGUCUCAGCGUCAAAAUGGCUCGUCCGGAACUCUGAUACAGAGCUCGAGGCCGCCGAGAUCGAAGAAGAGGCCUCCAGGAGGGCGUCUCAUAAUCUUUCCGAGGCUCAAGCCCUAGAACGCGUUGCGGAAAAGCGGAAGGUGCAUUUCCGGGACAUCACCAAGCUCGGAGACGUGUUCUGGGUAUACAUUGGUCUAAAUAUACUCUGCGGCGCGAUCUGGUCGCCUUUCACACACCUUGCUGCUAACAUCAUCGAGCGCCGUUACGGCCUUACCGAACUCGAAGCGAGCAACAGCGCUUCGUACUUACUUGCAGGCAGCGUGAUACUCUAUCCAAUCUGCGGGUACAUCACAGACCACUUCAAGAAUAGGCCGAUCGUCCUGCAGCUGUUCUUGCUCUCCGCAGUCUUGACCGCAUGCUGUUACGCCUGGCUGGCCCUUCCGCCGUCAUGGACCGAGACGCCGAUGCCUGGUAUCGCUGCCUUUGGGAUAGGGCAGGGCUUCUCACCUUUACUCCUGGUCAUGAUUGUGCCUCAAAUCGUCCCCUUCAAAUACGUCUCCACCACCCUUGGAGCCCAUAAAGCUCUCGAACAAACCGGGUCCACGAUCUCUCAGACACUAGCGGGUCUCUCUCUGGAUCUCAAAUCGCGCACAGCGAAGAAGCCCAUGCAGUACCUCCUGAACGCCUUCUUGGCGAUCAACCUCCUGGAGAUCCUGGUUUUGGUGGGACUUGUCAAGCUCGUCCGACGGAGGUCGCGCGCGGCCGCGGAGACUCAAAAUCGUCGUUCAUCGGCAUCUCGUAAGGAGCAGUCGCAUGGCCGUGGUAACGUGCAACAGGGCCCGGCCCGUCCAUCGCAGGCGCCUCGUGCCUCUACGUCUUCCGAGGAAUCAACUGAGGCAACGCCCCUUCUGGGGGAGCCAGAGAGGGCAAGGUCCCCUCGUUUGGAGGGUUUCGAAACGCCUCCCAUUCACCAGUAUCUCAUCCUGCCCGACCAAGACGAGGAUCCUGAGGCUCCCACUCCCACGGACGGCCCUCCCGCUGCCGUUAUUGUUACUUCAAAGAGCGAAAUCAGAAGAGGAGAGAUAUCGGCUGCGGCCUCUGCGGCGUUGGUGGUGUUCGCAUGGGUAUUAUUUAUGGUCACUGCUUGGCUCAGAUUACGCUCCAAGCAGGACAGGGGUGGUGCAGCAGGUGGAUCUGGAUCCAGCUGAGUGCUUGUCAAGAUAUACACGUUUUUAUCUCUUUCUCGGUCUUGCAAAUGCAUUGUGGAUUUAUUGUAUUCUAUUAGAGUGUAUCAAUCCAUGUAUAACCAUCCGCAUUUAUCAAUAUACCUCACGC